CUUCCCAAAAGAAACCUGAAGAUAGAGAGAAGUGAGUGAAGGAACCAAGGUAAUGGCGGAAGUUCUAGUUAGAUCUGGUUCGAAAUUGGAUUAUUCCUAGCAUUUUGUAAGUUAAUUGUAUAGAUAGUGUAAGCCAAUUGAAACCAAAGGAUAGAUCGAAGAUAGCGAAGAACGAAAUUAAUGGCGACAUUCCUUCAGCAGUUCGUAGGUGGCAACCUUCAUCCCGUUGUGUAAUUUUUGUAAUCGAGUACUCCCAGAUCAAUUUUGCUUUAGUUUCGGCCCGAAUCUUAGGUAUGCCGCUCGAUUUUAAGUUUUGAUUGUCUUGAAUUCGCUGCUGUUAGAUUGCUGUGAAAUUGUCAAUUGUUUUGUUGAUUGAUUGUUGUGAAUUCCUCAAAGUGUAGAAGAACCAUUGAAGUCCAAACGCGCAUUCUAGAGUUUGGAAGAAGAUAAAGGCGAUAACGUUGUUAGAAAUUGUCGUUAACGUUCGUAUUUCCCAGAACGGACUCCAUCAAACGGGACUCUAUAGUAAAUGAUUGUUAUUACCCGAAGAUGGCGUAAUAUUGACGUCAGUUAAUUGCUGCGUUUUAAGGACGCUGCGUUUUUGCAUCUUAAACUAUAAAACUCUCUCCCUCUCGCGCUUUCCCUCCUCCUGUCGGAUUUUUUACGAAACUAAGCCUUAUUAGUAAACUAUUUACGAAUAUAGACGCGUGGCCAAACUAUUUACGAAACUGAGCUUCUGAGGUAAAACGCUGCCUCGGUCAGCGUUUUUCCUCAUUUUUAUUUAUUUAAUUUGUUUUGAAUUAUGUAUUUUGUGAAAUACAAAAUAAAAAAUAAAAAAAACUGAAAUACACAAAAACACUGCCUCAGUCAGCGUUUUUGUGUUAGGCUAUAACAGGUCUUAAAACGCUGACUCAGGCAGCGUUUCAUUAAUACUAGAAACACGCUGCCUCAGUCAGCGGUUUUGCCUGGUAUAUUCUUCCAGGCAGACGCAACGCAUUCACUCUUCUUCAAAACUAAAAACUCAAACUCACUCUUCCUCAAAGCUCUGCCGUCGUCGUCGCUGCCGCCGCCGCCUGCUGCCUGCCACCGUCGCCGCCGCCUACUGCCUGCUGCCGCCGCGCCUCUCCUCUUCUUUAUAAUCACAUUUUUGGUACUUCUCACUUAUUUGUUUUUAAAAUUUUAAAACCUAGGUUAGUUUGAUAAUUAUAUAGUACAUUGUUUUAAUUUGAUAAUGUUGUUGAUUAUUCUAAGUUAGUUUGAUGUAAAUUGAUAAUUAUGUUGAUAAUUCUAAGUUAGUUUGUUGUAAUUUGAUAAUAGUGUAGUAUAAAAGCCCUAAAUUGAUGUUAGUUUAGUAAGAAAGUUUAUGAUGAAAUUGUGGAAAUGUUUGGUAAAAAUGUUGAAAAUGUUGAUGAAAUUGUUGAUAUUGUUGAUGAAAUUGUUGUUUUAAUUUGAUAAAAUAGCCUACAUUGUCGUUUAAUUACGAAAAUUAUGUUAUGUAGAAUACGUUGGUUGUUAGUGUGAAUAUGUUCGUUGUGUACUUUGUUUUGGUUGUUAUGUGAAUAUGGUUAAUUAUGUUUGUAGUGUGAAUUUCUUGGUUGUUAUUGUGCGAAUUGGUGGAGAUUGCAUGCAAUUAAGAUGUGUUUUUGGUUGUUGUAUAGAAUAUGGCUGCACAAAACGCAGCUUUGUUAUGCCGAUGGGGGGGUGAAUUUCUGUCUGAUGGACCGAAUGUCCAGUAUAGUGGUGGAAAUAUGGAACCAUUGCCACUUGGACCAGACAUGACUUUCAACGAUCUGAUGAACGAGGUUCAUAGCAUUAUUGGCUUAAACCGAAUGAAUGUACAACUUAACAUUCAAAUGAGGUUUGAGACUAAUAAUGCGGUUCAAGUGUUACCUUGUUCUAACGAUAGACAUUUGAAAGCUUUGAGGAGCGUUGUUUUAAUGAGGGGUUAUCCACAUGAGAUAUAUCGCUUAUAUGUAAUUUUUACUUUAUAAUUGUUGGAUUAUAACUGUUUAUGAACAGAUACCAUGGACACUCGAGAUAGGACACCCGGACCCACCGACCCUUCUGUCCUUACACUACAUGACACACAUCAUAGCGUUGACAUUUGGAGUCAGUCGGUUGAUCCGGCAGGCAUACUGACAUGCAGGCACUACACUGUUGCGUUCCUUGGCGAUUGGGUUAUCGAUCCCCGCAUUCUGCCUUUCGUGGAGUACGCUGGCUUCAUGGGUAUACAUCGGAUGGCGUUCAGAGAGGUCGACCCAGCGCUUGUUACUGCGCUUGUGGAGAGAUGGAGGCAGGAGACACACUCCUUUCAUCUACCUGUUGGGGAGGCGACCGUGACGUUGCGAGACGUGGCGAUACUCACACGGCUUCCCAUUCAUGGGAGUCCGGUGUCUGGAUCUGCGUGGCCGAUCCCCCCGGUUAUGUAGCUCAGGUUCUCGGGGUUCAGCCAGGACCGGACGAUAUCAGGGGCGGCGAAUUGAGGACCGGCUGGAUACGCGACACUUUUCGUGUGUUGCCUGAUGGUGCUGAUGAGGCCACUAUUGCGAGACAUGCUCGAGCGUACCUUUUUCUGCUCAUCUCGGGUGUGUUGUUCGGUGGCAAGAGUGGCAGCCAUUUACAGAUCAUUUACCUGCAGCUGGUAGACCACGACUGGGAGCAUAUUCGUGGCUACAGCUGGGGCAGUGCUUGUCUGGCGAUGUUGUAUCGCCAUCUGUGUAGAGCAUCCCGCCGGGGUUCUCGUGAGAUCAGCGGACCGUUAUUUUUGCUUCAGUAUUGGUCUUGGGAGCACAUCCAUGUAGGCAGGCCAGGUAGGCCUGCUAUACAUCGUCAGGGGCAGCAGGAUCAGGACCAGCAGUAUGAGCGGUACAUUCCUCCACCACGGCCUUCCGCUAACGAGGCGUACGCUUGCAGAUGGGCGGUCCCCAAGCUGACAUAUGCGCAUGCGGCGAGGGGCCUGUCGUACUACCGAGACGCCCUUGAUCGACUGACCAAGGAUCAGAUGACAUGGGACCCGUAUGAAGCUAAUUUAGUUGCUGCCAUGCCUCCACAUCUGCUAGAUCAUCGGCGCAGUGGUGUUCUAGGGUCCCCCUGAUCUGUUUUGAGGUCGUCGAGGGUCACCUACCAGAUCGAGUCAUGCGACAGUUUGGACUACGACAGACUGUCCCCCAGCAGUGUGACACCAGUGCCCGGCUGCACCGCAUUGACCGUCGGGGAAAGAGCGACAGGAACUGGCGGACGGAGCAUGCCUAGUACAUUGACUUGUGGCAUCGACGGUUGGAGUUCGUCGUCACUGGUGACCCCAUCCACGGCGUUAUGGAUCCAUACGAUCCAUACAUGGAGUGGUACAUGCGGAUUACACGGCGUUUCAUCAACCCCAGCUACACACCGCCAUCCGCACAUUACCAUCCAUCCUUUGACGUGAUCAGGGGAUAUGUAAGUGUAUUUGAUUAACUUAUUUUUAUCAAUUUUAAAUUUGUAUAUCAUUCAACUAACUCAUCCUUAAUUACUGCAGGCGUUGGAUAUGACGGCGAUGGUUGACGCACUGUCGGACGUCCUUCCAGGCAUACCUGAGCCCCCAGAGCACAGGUCGAGCGGGUGCGAGAUAUGGGCAUGGCUACCUUGCAGAGAUAUGGUCACGCCUAUCUCGUCCACCCCUGGGACGAUCAUGGCGGCCACUCUAGUCACUCACAGUUCGAGGCUGGCCAGAGUAGCUGUGGGGGUGAUCCUUCGUCAUUCACGGGCGUAGAGGAGUACGACAUCCGCAGUUCCGCGCCCCUACGUCAUCCUGAUGACCCAUCUUCCAGCCAACUGACUCCGCCAGUACGCCCGAACCCAUUUACCACGGUCUGUCACUACAGCCGUCGUCAAAAGCCGAGAGUGGACAUACAGGAUAGAGAGCCAUUACACCAAAUUGAUG